AUGGCAAAGCGGCCGGCGAUGUCGAUGGAGGCCAUGCUCGAUGAGGAGCGGAAGGAGGUGCUAGCGCUUUUGGAGGGCACCACGGCCUCGCGACCCAAACCUCCAAGUCCGUUAGAGGCUCGCUCCCCAUCACCCUACACGCCCCGAUCCCCAGUGCGCAGCAUGCUUGAUAUCGCCCCAGUCAGGAGCAUGCUUGAUGUCGAUAGUCCGCCGCCACAGGCUAAGCCAGUCCGCAGCAUGUUGGACGUUGUUAAUACCACACCAGCUGCUAAACAAGUCUUGAGCACCCCAUCAUCGCCAACUGAUUCCAACUCUCGCACCCAGUCAGCCAGCAGCACACAGCACAGGAGCAUGUCCGAUGCUUCUUCGCGGCCAGCAGACUUUGGCCCUAGGCUGGGCACCAACCGAGACCUCACCAGCGAAUACCAAUUUUCUGGAAUUAUUACGAACCACGCGGGCCAGGCCCUACCUAAACGAGUAACACAGGGGGGCAAACGGACCGGCGCAGCCCAGCCCGAGCAAGGCGGCAAGCGGUCCAACGCAAUGGCGGAAAUCAUGAGAGGCAACGACGUAACGGGCCUGAUCCUCCCAGGAGACCGAGGACGCCACAACACAGCAGGCGGACUGCCAACGCGCCUCGCAAGCAAGUCGAAGUCGCCUAGUAACCGCUUGGGCAUGCGGUCACACUCGCCGCGGGCCCCUCCACUCCUACGGAACAUGAGCCCGGCGGGCCGAGCGGUUAUCAACGAUCCCGAGAUUGUUGAUUACAACAAUGCGUACAGGCGGCUGUCUGAUGCUGCACUGGCCCUCUCGCAAGGCAGCCUUUCCGAGCUAGGGAGGAAGAAGAACUCGAAUUACAUGACCGGAAAUGGCAGGUUAGCGAAGGACUACCUUGGCCCAGACGGCGAGCUGUUAGUUGAAGAUAGUAGCGAAGACAACGCUAGCUCGUCUGGGGAGGAGGACGAGCGCGGGAGGAAGGCUGCCCGGGCAGAAACCGUCGAAGCCCAGAGGGAGGCGAAGAGCUUGUUGGCGGCAGCAGAGGAAGAACGUAUCCAAGUGGCGUCUCAACAGCCGUAUAAUUACCGGUCACUCUUAGAUGACCCGGAAAUCACUGUGACGAACCCCUCUGGCGAGCGCCUGAAACAUAACAAGCCCGUCAUCCACCCCACCACUAGCUUCGAUGACCCACCCGGAACUGGAACGCAUACGCCCAUCGAUUCGGAUACCGAAGCCGAUCUGACCGAUAUUAAGCGCGCCCAAAAGCUGUCGUUUGCCAUGACCCAGAUCAUGGACACUCCCGAGGCUCACAGGACGAUUCAGAUCAUCACCAGGGGCGAAUAUUCGAAGUUGGUCCAGGAGGCCGAGGAGGAGCAUCGGCCCCCACGGAAAUAUCUGGUGGCCACAGAUCUGAGCGACGAAUCGACCCACGCGCUAGAAUGGGCCAUAGGCACGGUCCUCCGCGAUGGCGACACCCUGCUGGCUAUUUGCUGCCUCGAUGAAGAGAUGGGAAUUGGCGCAGGUGACAGCGCGCAAGUGCCCGACGAACCAAAAGCCAUGAAGGAACAAGCAGCCGCCAUAAAUACUAUUACCACAAGCAAGACCCCGAUCACACCAAGCGGCACCAACCUGCCGCUACACCAUCAGCGCCCAUGGCCUAUGCUUACCCGCGUUUCGGACUCAGGCACAGGGAACAGCGUGAGUCCUGCGCCCUCAGUGAACAGGGAGCGCAGCAAGGCGGAGGAGGUCAGGUACAAGUGUGUACAGAAUAUCGCCGAACGAGUCACGAAGCUGCUACGCAAGACUCGGUUGCAGGUUCGGGUUGUUGUCGAGGUGUUGCAUUGCAAGAGCCCAAAGCAUCUUAUAACGGAAGUCAUUGACUUGAUCAACCCCACGCUAGUGAUUCUCGGGAGUAGGGGCCGGAGUGCAUUGAAGGGGGUGAUUCUCGGGUCAUUUUCCAACUAUCUCGUUACUAAGAGCUCAGUUCCCGUCAUGGUUGCCAGGAAACGCCUACGGAAGCAGGGCAAGUAUAAGAGGGUGCCUUCGACACACCAGAUCAACAACAUCCACAAUCCGGCUGCACGGAGCCUAGCGAGUGCCAAAAUUGAUUAG